AUGCUGUGGAAGUUGUUCAGAACCCCGGUUUUUACAGGGAAGAGCCAAUUCACCCGUACCUAUACGACACCACCACUAUGGAGAGCACUCGAGCACGGCGAAGAGGUCCCCAUCGAAGAAGCCGAGCUGUACCAAUACCAACGCUAUCGCUGGCUCACCAAAGACGCCGAGCAACUGGCUGCGCGGUACCGCAAAUUCCGGCUCCCAGCACUGGUCGAUGCCGCCAUCGAAGCUGCUGGUCAUGAUGCUUCGAAUUGUACCAAGGUCCUCAAAUGUAUCGAAGGGCAAUACAACAAGUCGUUGAUCCUGUCGAUGGACAAUGGCCAGGAGGUGGUAGCUCGGCUGCCCAAUCCUAAUGCAGGGCCGAAAUUCUACACCACCGCAUCGGAGGUGGCGACGCGACAGUUUCUCCGAGACCGUCUCGCUAUCCCCGUCCCUCGAAUUUACGCCUGGUCUGCAGAUGAAGCCAAUGCAGUCGGAGCCGAGUAUAUUCUGGAGGAGAAAGCGAGCGGGCAGCCGUUAGGGCUCCUGUGGAGUGACCUACCCUUUUCGGCUCGGUCGCACAUCGUCGACCAAGUCGUCGACAUCGAGCAGAGGCUUACGUCUGUCACUUUCCCGAGGCAUGGAUGCAUAUACUUCCAGUCAGACCUGGGAUCAAGACCAGAACAUCCUAGUCUCCAUCCAAUACAGAGUCCAGACGGUGACAGUCAGUCUGCUUUUGUUCUUGGUCUGUUGACCCAUCCACGAUACUGGCACCGCCCAACAGGAGAGGCAAGAUUGAACCUCCAGAGGGGGCCAUUCAAGAACAUGACGGAGUAUGCGAGAGCCAUUGCGAAAAACGAGAUUCAAUGGACGCAGACGCACGCACAACCAAGAAUGAACGACCAGCGAUCAGAGGAGCAGCCAGAGACUGCAGAUGAGUACAUCGCGCUGCUGAAGCGGUACAUCGAGCUUGUGCCCUACCUGGUCCGAGAGCCCGAGGAUCGUGAAUUCCCAAGUCAGCUGCUCCACCCUGAUCUACACUUGGACAACAUCUUCGUCGACCCAGCAACCAACGAUAUCACGGCCGUCAUCGACUGGCAGCAUGCGGCCGCUUCGCCAGUUGAUCUACAGCCGCUGUUUGCCCAGAUGCUGGAACCAACGACAGCGGGGACCGGAGAAGGCGACGACCCACUCCGCCAGAUUUAUCUCACCAAGCUCAAGGGUCUGAAUCUCAGGCGAUGGGAGGCGCUCACUGAGCCGUAUCAUAAACUCAGAACGGACCCUACCCGGCUGGUACCAGGUUGCGGGGAGCGAAAUGACCUAUUCUCUCUCCGCCAUGCAAUGAUCGCAGUGGUCGCCCAGUGGGACGAUGUAUGCACGAGUGGGAUCAAAUGCCCGAUCAAUUUCUCUCAACGUGAGCUCGAAGAGCAUGAGGAAGAGAUGGAGCUUAUCGAGGGUGUUUCAUUGGUCUUACGCCAGCUUCAAGAGCAAGGACUUCUCCCUCUGAGCGGCAUGGUUCUGCGCGAGCAGUAUGAUGAUGCUCAGAGAUUGAACCAGCAUUUCAGGAAUGAGUUCAUCGCGUUGGGGGAGGAUGCGAAACAGAGGGCGAUGCUUGCUAGGCUUUGGCCGUAUUCAUGA